CUUUCACCCGUGUAAGAGGGUGGUGGACGUGGACCUCCCGUCGUCUUCCAGCAACUUUCGUUUCGACGUCCAUAAGCAAUUCACCGAGGCUACGCACAAAUAUACCUACCUCCUUAGGUAGUAGGUACUAAGGUAAUUCGAAAUGGGAAAUAAGUUGCGAUUCAUUUCAACCGUCCUAUUCGGCACCGAGACAGGGUUAUUCGUGAGUGCCGUCCCACCAGCAGGCCACGAUACGCCGCUGUGCUCCGCGACCUCGGAAGCCCCCAACACCUUCAGCGUGCGGAACAUCAAGUACGCGCUGCGAAACCCGCCUCUGAUCGGCCGCCUCCAGCUCGACGUGACGAACCGAGCAACGAACGUGACGACGCACUGCGAUAUCGCGGGUCCCCAGUUGGCUCCUGGUCCGUUUAGACCAGGCAAUCCGGACGAGCUUUGGACCUCUUGCGAUGAGCCUCCCGAGGGCUCGGAGAGAUAUUAUACCGUCGACACGGAUGUGCUCUUCGACAGGAAGGCGGCGCGCUUGGUGAUUAACCAGACGUGGUAUUGUGACGAUGUUACUCCGGAGUACCCCAUUGCUUUCAAGGGGACUUCGGAAACCCAACUCGCUAAUAUGACUUGCGACGCCAAUUCUUCGGAUCAAUUUCUGGAAGAGUGUACUGCGCCGAACACUAUUCUGUCGAUAUAUCAGUAUUGGCGCGACGACUUACCGCCAGAUGCCCUGAUUAAUCCUAUUCCGUCUGGAGUACCGAAGCCCUCAUAUAUGUAUCUAUAAGUAAAAAUACGGUAUGACAAUUAUAGGAGAGCUAGGUAUUAGUGGUUUGAGCCUUGCGUAGGAGAUAGUUUAGAGUUGUGAAGAAUUCGUUAAGCCAUACCAACAAUUCAUCCAUCCUCUUCGAGUUAUGCCAUG